AUGCCUCAAACACGGCGUCAGAGGAUGGCCGAGUCGGUGUAUGGACAGCAUUUGGCGUUCAUGACGCAGCUCAUGAAGCAAGAUGUGACACUCCGCGCUCCUGCGGUCCCGACUCGUCCGCACUGUCAUUGUCCGAACUGCGGCCGCAUUAUCGAAGACGACGAGGAAGAGGACGACGUGGAGGAAGACGAAGAUGAAGAUGAAGACGAAGAUUAUGGCGACGAGGGAGAGUAUGAAGACAGCGAAGACUCAGCGGAGGAAGCAGACAGCGAUGACGAAGUCCAGGCCGAAGCUCAUUACCUCGAAAUUCUGUCCGACAUUCGCAAUCUCAUCAAGGAUCCUGUCGAAAGUGACCGUGCGCAUGCAAGGCCACGACCGGUUGAGAACUUCGAUCCCGACCUGAUCAAACGCCACUCAACGUACGGCGGCGGUCGGCGGAAGGCCCAUGCUAGAACCAAGUCGCUGGUCAGUCAGAAGACUACAGACAGCAGAUUCGACCGAGUGGCGAAGCUUCAAGAUCAAGAUGAGGUGCCGGCUAUGGCUCCUUCUGCGCCUGGCACAGACUUGGCCUCCCCAACGUUCGCGCCCACAGCACCGAUCCAAGAGAUCCAAGAGAUCCAAGUGACAAGUACCGCGGGAGGCAAUGAAACCAUCCAUACUGUCCAUGCAGCGGGCAAUCUACCGCGGCAGAUGUUGACCGAGCCAUACACUCCUUCUGUGCCGAAUCAUCAGCCCAAGCUACGGAAAGGAAGUGCAGCCAGAGCCACUACCCCGACGACAAGUCCCACAUAUCAGUACGAAGAGCAGGCACCACAUCCAAUAUGCCCACACACAGUCGUCUUCGUAGACCGCCCUCACCUCCAGCUCUUCCUCCGCAUGUUCGGCGAUCCGUCCAUCACCGCCACCAGUCGCAAACGCACUGUGUUCAACGACAUCGUCGCAGCCAUGUCCAGCGCCGGCUUCAUAGUCGAGCAAAGCGGCAGAUGCGCAGGCUCCGCUGUUACCUUCAAGGAUAUCAAUCACGUUUACAACGGACGGACUAUCACUUUCCAUCGUCCUCACCCGGAACCUAGGAUCCCUCAGCAUAUGCUGCGGAAGUGGGGAAAGCGGCUGGGUGACUGUUUUGGUUGGAGCUUGGGGAGCUUUGUUGAGAGGGAAUGA